AUUGGAUUUGGAGGCAAGGCGUUUAAUUUUCCGGAGUGCUUAUGAUCUGAUCAGAUGGAGAGAGUGAUCUCUUUCCUGAUGAUCUGAAUCCGAGGAACGGAAUUCUCCUCAAAUUGAAAAUCUGUGUAUUUCUGAUGGAUUUCACGGAUUCUUCCACCACAACUAUUCCACGGCCACCGCCACCGCCAGCGCCAGCGGCAUCGUCUGAAUCAUCCCUUCUUCUAUCCGACUCCACUCUCCAAAAUGCUUCCUCACGGGAAGAUCAUUAUGUAGCAUCCAUAACAGAAGAACAUGAAGUAACCUGCUGGGGAUGUGGAUUAUGCCUUAUUCUUUCACCCUAUACUCCCAUUUUCAAGUGUGGUUGGUGUGGAGCCAUAUCCGAUCACAAAGCAAUCAAAAAGGACAACAAGUACAUUUGGUGGAUACGUUUGAGAGACAGAUGCCUUCUCUGUGUUCUCAUACUAUUCAUGUUCUUCAUUAUAGGUGGUGGUAUCUGGGCUAUAUAUCCUGUAAUCUUCUCUAAAAGUUACCUUUUUGGCAUACUCCAUAUGACUAUAGCAGUUCUUUUAUCAAUCACCACAAUUACCACUUUUGCCCUUUCUGCAUUCCGGUCUCCUGGUACACCCCCUCUCAUCCCCUGGGGUAGCUACCCUGCAGUUGGAAAAAAUGGUCUUGCAGGUUACACCUUUUGUAAAUACUGUUCAAAGCCAAAAUCCCCUAAUUCUCACCAUUGUCGAUCUUGUGGCAUGUGUGUGUUAGACAUGGAUCAUCAUUGUCCCUUUAUUGGGAAUUGUGUGGGAGCUGGAAAUCACCGUGUGUUCAUCUAUUUCUUGAUCUCAUCAGUGAUAAGUAGUUUCUAUGUCUCUCUGAUAUCUUCAUUCACUGCUUUUUGUAUAUUGCCACCUGUGAGACACAUACCUAUGGCUGCUUUGAGUGGGCCCGGUGACUACAUGUUGAUUGUUGCAUGGGUUAAGGAAGUUGGGUUUUCGUUUUAUGACUCUGUGGAGUCGUUAUCAGUGAGGGGUAUUGUUGUCAUUUAUCUUUGUGUUGCAAGUGUUGCAGUGGAAAUAGGGUUGAGUGUGCUUUUGUGGCAGCAGUUGUCUUACAUUUAUCAAGGGAAAACGUAUUUAAGUCUUUUGAGUUCUCGUGGGACAAAUCGAACGAGUAAAAAAGAUUGUCAGAAUUUUGUGAGGUUCUUUGGGUGCCCCUAUUCAGCGACUAGAUGUCUGUUAGGUUCUUGGAAUUCUAGAAAGACUCACAAGAAGUGAUCACUUGAUAUGAUGUAAAAGUACAAAAGUUUUUGACUGAUGAAAGAGAUGAAUUAUUCA